CGUUCGCCCCGUGCGGGCGCGGCCCCGCCGCUCCCGCCUGUAGCCCGCGGCAGCGACGUGGCCGGCGGCAGAGCCGGGAGGGUGGUGCUCGCUCGGCGGAGAGGUGGCUGAUCGGUACUCCAUAGAUGCAAGUCUUAUGGGAAACCAGCCUCUUUCUGCCACCUUCAAGAGUCCCUGCGCAUAUACAUUGUAUAUACCCCUUUGGUCGUCCUCGUAGCAUAUCCUUCUUAUCACUCUCAACAACCAGCUGAAGGGAGGUUGCAACCAGGGCACUGACAACGAGACAGCAGAAUGAAGUUUGAGUGCCGCAGUCGAUUUAUGUGUUGCACCAAGGCAAUCAACCAGACCUUUCUGCUUGGAGGAGUGUUUAUUGUCUUGGGUUCAAGUAGAAUCCUCCUGAUGAAGUACUCUGCCAAUGAAGAUAACAAAUAUGAUUACCUUCCUACAACAGUGAACAUGUGUUCUGAAGUAGUAAAACUGGUCCUGUGUGUGGUGUUGGCACUAUGGAAGAGGAAAAAACAAAAGAGUUGUAUGGAUCAUCCCUAUGAAUGUCUUUCCUGGAAGAAUUUAUGUAAUUUGAUGAAAUGGUCAAUUCCUGCCUUUCUUUACUUUUUGGAUAAUUUGAUUGUCUUCUAUGUACUGUCCUACCUCCAGCCAGCAAUGGCUGUACUCUUCUCAAAUUUUGUCAUUAUAACAACAGCUCUUCUCUUCAGGAUAGUACUAAAGCGAAGACUCUCUUGGGUACAAUGGGCAUCUCUGGUGAUUUUAUUCCUGUCCAUCGUUUCCCUGACUCGAGGAACCGGAGGCCAUCAGCAAAGCUUGGCUGCACAUGGAUUUCAUCACAAUAUGUUUUUUAGUCCGUCUAACCACUGCCUUCUCUAUGCUGGACCUGAGGAAGCAUGCGUGGAAAAAGGCAACUGCAUAGCACCAAGUUUCCUUCACAGCUUCGAAUGGAAUGUCACCAAUACCAUGGCAGGAGCAUUGAAACCUCUUCGCCUCAGCCUGGGCCAUCUGCUUAUUCUAGUGCAGUGUUUUGUUUCUGCCCUGGCCAACAUCUACAAUGAAAAGAUGCUGAAAGAUGUGGAUCAGCUUGGUGAAAGUAUCUUCACACAGAACAGCAAACUCUAUGCCUUUGGGGUGCUGUUCAAUGGGCUUAUGCUGGCGCUGCAGACGAAGGACCGGAGGCAGAUAGGGAACUGUGGCUUCUUUUAUGGGCACAAUGUCUUCUCUGUAGCUCUUAUAUUUGUCACAGCUUUCCUGGGGCUGUCUGUAGCCUUCAUCUUGAAGUUCCGAGACAACAUGUUCCAUGUUAUGACUGCUCAGAUCAACACUGUCAUCAUCACCACAGUGUCUUUCAUCAUCUUUGACUUCAGGCCUUCUCUAGAGUUCUUUUUGGAAGCUCCUGUAGUGCUUCUCUCCAUAUUCAUCUAUAAUGCCAGUAAAGCAAGAGGCCUGGAAUAUGCCAGUCUGCGGGAAAGGGGAAAACUCGUCAAAGGAGAUGGAUGGGAGAGGUCAAGUGGGGAUGGAGAAGAAUUUGAGAGGUUGAACAAGCCAGGCAGUGACAUCGAUACAGAUGAAGAUUCCCUCUAGCAUGAGGCUGGCUCAGAGGAGUGCUAUUGCUCAUAGUGAGAGAGAGUUAAUCUUCUAUUAACAGGGUUGCUUUUCCCCACUGGCGGACUAAUCGAAACUGUUUUGGGGCUGGAUCUCAAAUGUGGUUGCGGACAAUAUUCAAGCUGUAUAUAUGGAGAUUUGUAUUCCUCUGUGCCUGUCUCCCAGUGUCUGGGGAAGUGAAAAUCUGGAAUGCCUUUGUAGCAGCUGGUGAAUUUUACAUGCAGCUUAUGUGGCCUAACUUUGAAAGAGCUUGAAUAAAACAAAAAUGUGUUGAACAGUA